AACUACUCCAUGUCCGUGUAUCUCGUUCGUCAGCUCACGUCAGCCAUACUUCUGCAGAGGUUAAAAAUGAAAGGUAUCAGAAACCCUGAUCAUUCCAGAGCACUAAUUAAAGAAAAAUUAACUGCAGAUCCUGAUAGUGAGAUAGCCACAACCAGCCUGCGAGUAUCCCUGAUGUGUCCUCUGGGAAAAAUGAGACUGACGAUCCCGUGCCGGGCUGUUACUUGCACACACCUGCAAUGCUUUGAUGCUGCUCUUUAUCUUCAAAUGAAUGAAAAGAAGCCUACCUGGAUCUGCCCUGUCUGUGACAAAAAGGCAGCUUACGAGAGCCUAAUAAUAGACGGGCUCUUUAUGGAAAUCCUUAAUGAGUGUUCAGACGUGGAUGAGAUAAAAUUCCAAGAAGAUGGCUCCUGGUGCCCCAUGAGGCCAAAGAAAGAAGCUGUGAACGUCUCCAGUCCACAGUGCACCAAGGUAGAAAGUUCCAGUGUUGUCAGCAAACCGUGUUCCGUCACGGUGGCCAGUGAUGCGAGCAAGAAGAAAGUUGACGUUAUUGACUUGACAGCAGAAAGCUCUUCGGAUGAAGACGACGGUCCUUGUGCCAAAAGGAAGUGUGCAUUUAUGUCUCAGAGACAAGGAAGUCCAACUAAAGGCGUUCUCAUGUACCAGCCGUCCGCUGCCAGAGUGCCCAGCGUGAAAACAGUGGAUGAUGCUGCUAUUCCUCCUUCAUUAACGGACUACCCAGUGCGAUUCCCUCAUCCACAAAUAUCCAAUAUUUCGUCAGACUUGCCAGGUCUGGAUUUUCUUUCACUGAUCCCAGUUGAUUCACCGUACUGUCCUCCUAUGUUUUUGGAUAGUCUCACCUCAACCUUAACAAGCAGCACGCCUGGCAGCAUCAUCACGUCAACCAGUCACCACGAGAGCAGCACGCACGUUAGCUCCUCCAGCCGCAGCGAGACUGGCGUGAUAACCAGCAGCAGGGGCAGCGCUCCUGACAUCAUCUCAUUGGACUGA